UUAACCUCAAUCUUAUAACUUGUCAAAAACGAAUUUAAAAUAACAAAGCCUAUAGAUUUAAAUCUUUUAAAAACAUUCCCGGUUUUACAAUAAUUGAAGCAAAUCAUUCACUAACAACAUGAACGAUUGGGAAAUAAAACAACCCCGAAUAAAGAGGCGUCGAAGUAGUGGAACUCGAGACGUCCCAAUCAAUCCAAAACCACCUAAAGUCCCCAGUUUGAAAGCACUAAUUGUCGACAAUGGUGCUUAUUCAAUUAAAAUUGGAUACUCCAAAGAUGAGGAACCGCGUGUUAUUCCCAACUGUAUCAUGAAAGCUAAAUCGGAACGUAAGAGGCUUUUUAUCGGACAACAAAUUCAAGAAUGCAGAGAUUGCUCAGGGUUGUACUUUCUAUUGCCUUGUGAAAGAGGAUACAUCACCCGCUGGGAGGUGCAGAAGCCUGUAUGGGAUAACAUCUUUAGUAAGAACGUUUGCCCUAUAGAGGAAAAUCCAGUGGUCAUAACACAACCAUUAUUUAACUUUAAAUCAAUCCAGGACUGUACUGAUGAGAUAUUUUUUGAGGAGUAUGAGGUGCCCAGCCUGUUUAGGUGCCACCCAGCGGAUUUGGCCUAUUUAAAUUAUGCUAAGGAGCAUAAACUUAAUAAAACCAAUCCCUGUUUAGUUAUAGAUUCUGGUUAUAGCUUUACACAUAUUGUUCCAUACAUUAAAGGCAAUAAGUUCCUAAGGGCAAUUAAAAGAGUAAAUGUAGGAGGCAAACUUUUAACAAAUCACUUGAAAGACAUCAUUUCUUAUAGACAAUAUAAUGUAAUGGAGGAAACAUAUGUCAUAAAUCAAGUAAAAGAAGAUACUUGCUAUGUUUGCAAAGAUAUAAAGCAAGAACUUGCCGAAGCCGCAAAACCAUCAAGCUCAAACUCCAUAGUUAAAAACUAUGUGCUACCAGAUUUCAAUGUAAUUAGAAGAGGUUUUAUUCAGGAAUUAAACAAGGAUGGUCCAAAAAGUGAACUAGAAGAAAGUUAUCAAAUAUUAAGGCUUAAUAAUGAAAGAUUUGUGGUGCCAGAAAUCCUAUUUCAUCCUUCAGACAUUGGUAUGAAAAGUAUGGGCAUUGCUGAAGCAGCAGUCAAGUCGAUUUUUUCUUGUCCCAAAGAGCACAGGGAGUUGUUAGCUAAUCACAUAAUUUUGGUAGGUGGUAACUGCAAAUUUCCAGGUUUUAAGGAGAGAAUGUAUGCAGAAUUAAGAUCUCUACUGCCAGACAGCUGGGAAGUUAAUAUAUUUCAGCAUGAAGAUCCCUUGACUUAUGCAUGGAAAGGUGGCAGUGCCUUAUUAAGAACCCACGAUUUUAAAAGUAAUUUGGUGACAAAACAGGACUAUGACGAACUUGGGUCCUCAAUAAUUCAGGAAAGGUUUAACUGCUUUAUGCUGGAUGAUAGAGAGUUAGAGCAAGAUAACAAAAAACCUAUGGAGCAAACUUAUCAGUAUUUACCCAAUUUAAAGAGCUGUGGCAUUUUUGGAAAAUUUGAACCGCAGCCUAACACUGAGGAAUCCAAACUUGAUAUUGAAGAACAAUCAUGUGGCAGAGGGGAAGGCAAUAAAGAAGAUAAUGGGGAGGAUAUAACUCAGGAAAUUGAAGAGGAAAAAACAACCAGGAGAGGACCAGGGAGGAUGAAAAAGGGAUUUGAAGAGGAGUUGUUCAUGCCUGAUGUGUUUAAAGAAGAUGAUGAAGAACAAGACUUUGACUUGACACAAAAUUCACAGCUUUUUCCAUUUGGAACUAUGUCUUAUUUGUAAAUAUAUUGUGUGUGUUAUAAGUGAGAAUAAAUUUAUAUUUUUAUACUGC